CGCAGCAGCUGUCACGGUGGUUGUUUGCAGCGUCGGUGCAGCAGCAGCAGCAGCAUCAUCAUCAGGGGUUCAGCAUCAGGGGAUUCAGAUCCUGGUCCGACAGCAGUCUCAUCUCUCCGACACCGAGGACAGACCGUGAGUGAGCCCGCACUGAGGAGCGCACAGGGCGGCCACGAGCACGGCGGUUCUCCACCGACGACCUCCAGCGGAUCGAGAUGCUGCGGAGCACUGCAGCAGACAUGCCGGGCCUGAUCCACAUCGCACUCAUCGCUCUUCUGUCCGGCUGCGACGCCUUCAGACUGGGCUCCUCCCAGCGCGUCAUACCGCUCGCUCCACCAGGGGGCCGUCUGCUCCGGGACGAAAGCCCAGCCGCGCCUCACCUCGCACGGGAACUGGUCCGAGCCAAGCGCCACUCGCUCCAGGAGCUGGUGCGAGCGCAGCCCCACUUGGUUCACGACAUGGGCUGGCCCGAGAUCCACGAGGUGUCCCGAUCCCAGACGCAGCUGGACGCUAACUCGUCUCAGUCCGACCCGCCGCCAAUCUCCGCCGGUCUGGAUGUGGCCGGCAGGACCCCGGGUGCCGUGGGCGAAAACCUGGAUUUGGAGGACGAGAUGGAGCGCAUGGUUCACUUGGCGGCGCCCCGGCACGCGGACAGUUACGGGGGUCGCGCGGACGCCACCGACCCGGAGGCGGAGCUCUUCGGUGGGCCGGGAGCCGGCGACGCCUCCCAGGAGGCGUCGGGCGUCUACGGUACGGACGCGGAGGACAGAGACAGAGGGGAUGACGGAGGAGGGGAGGACAGAGAGAGAAGGAGAGGAGGAGGAGGAGAGGACGAGUGGGAGAGAGACAUCACGGAGGACAGAGAGAAGAGAGGGGGGGACGCUUCAGAGACGAGUCGCCUAACGCCUGAUCUGGAUGCUCUGAUUGGCUACAGUCCGUCCUUCCUCCCCUCCAGCUCCAUGCAGCCCAUCAUCUCCUCCUCCUCCCCCGCCGAGGUGCAUGAUUCUGGGCUGCAGGAGCAUCGCGCUGCCCCGAUCCUGGAGAUCGGUCCUCCAGAGAGAAGGCUGUGGGAGGCCGAGGGCGAGGAGGACGUGCAGUCCAGCGGAUACGGAGUCCGUCGCUCCUCCAGCACCACAACGGGUUCUACGUCUGCGUCUGCUGCCACUUCUCCUUCUCCUUCUUCUUCUUCUUCUACUUCCACUUCCACUGCUGCUGGUGGAGUCGCCGUGGGAACCGACAGCCCCGAGACGGACACUGGCACCGACUUUGGGCUGCUGGGAAGUUUCACAAAAGAUGAGACGGAGGAUGAGGAGACGGAGAGGGAGGAGGAGGAAGAGGAGGAGCACGCGGGCCUGUUCGUCCCCGAUCCCACCGCGCCGGAGGUCGGCCUGGCGCCGAGCAGGGGGCCGCUGCAGCCCAGCGUGGAGGAGGAGGAGGAGCAGGGAGAGCGCGAGGCGAAAGGAGUCGCAGAGGUGGAGCGAGGGGGCACGCGAGUCCGACCCGUCGUCCCGCUCACCACAGAUCCCUCCCCGACGGGCGCGUCGUGGGACCGGUCAGAGAAGACCACGCCCCCGCAGGCCCUGCAGAGGUCGGGGGUCAAGGGCGGCGGGAGUAUCGCCCCCACUGAAAAGACGGCGCAGCAGGUAGUGUGUAUCAACUGGAAAGACCUGGUCGGGCGAGGGUACGUCGUCCUCAACAUGACGCACAACUUGAACUGCGAGGAGUUUCGUGCCGACCAGGGCGUCCGGCUGCUGAAGAUCAUCGAGCGAGUGUUUGCCCGCAGGAUGAACAGCCCCGAGGGCUCGUGGAUGCUGUUCCUCAGCAAACCGACACACCAGCAACACCAGCUGCUCAUGAAUGUGGCGUCCUAUCGCGGUGUGAUAGCUACCAACGAUGUGCUGGGCAUGUUGGGCGAGAUCAGGAAGAGUCUGGAGAAGGUGGGCAUCCAGAACUACAGCGCGUCCAGCCGCUGUCAGUCUCGGCCCAGUCAGACGCGCAGCGACUACGGCAAGCUGUUCGUGGUCCUGGUGAUCAUCGGCUCCGUCUGCAUGGUCAUCAUCACGUCCGGCUUCGUCUACAUCUGCUGGCAGAGGCGACUGCCGGCGACCAAGACGACGUUUCGCUCCGAGGAGCUUCACUUCGUGGAGAACGGUUGCCACGACAACCCCAUGCUGGACGUGACCAACGAGCGGCCGCCCGAGAUGCAGGAGAAGAAGCCGAGCACCAACGGGCUGGCGGCAGGCGCCGAGCGAAGCGGCGAGGACGGCAGCCGCUGGCAGGUGUUUGUCAAUCAAGGAGCGACUGAGGAGGAGGAAGAGGAGCAGGACACGCAUCUCUGAUGGAUGAGGAGGAAGAGGAGGAUACGGGAAUGGUUGUAACCUGCCGAGGAUGUUCACCCCUGUACAACAAGUCGUGUUCAAUAUACCUGCGUGCUGUUGCGAGCAUAACUUUUAUUUUAUUCAACAAAAAUAAGUGUUUGAUUGGUUGCUCUGCGCUGCCGGCUCAAUCUUGAGGCGAUGACAUACUGUAUGUGGGCAAAGUUCAGAGGCCAAAAGGUGUCGCCCGUGGUUUAGCUGAUCUCUUUCUCGUCGUUAACAAUACUGUACAUGGCUUCGCUAUUAAACCAGCGCUGAUGCAAAUGAAUUUCGACCGCUAAAGCAAGAUUUAUAGAGCAUUCAGGAGCGAGCGGGGACUGAGGAUCAUCCAUCCUGAAUACUGUACCUUCAAUGACUUCGCCUCACAGUGUAUAUGAUCUGUUUCCGAGAGCACAAGAGAGACAGGCCGGACGCCGUCCCCUCGUCCUGUACACCUCGAGGCAGAACUUACAGUAAACGAGCAUGAAGCUUUUACGACACUGCAGCGAGCGUCAAUGUGACGAAAAACAGGCAGCUUGCAGUUUCUUUCCUUUUUUUAAAGUCGCCGAAAAAUGCCAGAAGAGCAGCGUUCUGCAAGAUGUGUGAGAUGUUGUCGCUCUUUGUUGCUUAUAAAAUCAACUAAACACUGAGCAGCUCCUUAAAAGGAAUCAGUUUAAAACCGAUGUUCUUCUGUUCAGAGUCGGAGGGAAUGAAGUCAACGGACAUUCAGCUGUGAGUUUGUAUGAAGAAAAUCAUUUUAAUUUUCUUAUAGUGAGAUUUGCAACCAUGCUUUCGUCCAACAUUUUGUCACAAUUUUUUUUAGAUAUUAACUCAUCCAGUUUAUUUUAUUUCUGUUAAUUUAUUCUACAGAUAUUUUUUUUUCUUACGUUCAUUGAUAUGCAUUUUGAUCACACGUUGUCUCACUCUUAGGGUCGUCAGUGUAAUAAGUUAAAUGUGAUAAAAAUAAAGUUUGGAGAAAAUGUGA